CGCGUCUACCAAAGCUACGGAAGAAGAAGAAGUUCGAUUGACUCGGUGCUUCCUGUUCAAAGUCCAGCAGAGGAAAUAUGCAGUAUUAAUCCGUAAAACUAUAACCUGAGGAUGUCGAGCAUGAAUGAGGCUCAUCACAGAGUUUCAUCGAUCAGUUUUGAUUUAUUUUACAGCUCUGUGUGUGUGUGAGAGCUGCAGACAUGCAGCAGUCUCUGGAGUCUCUGGUCCGCCUGCUGGAGUCCUACAGAGGAAGAGAUAAAGUUAUCAGGACGGUGUGUUAUGGCUCCCAGCUGGUCGGAGGAGUUCUUACCCGUAAGGCAGAAGCAGACGUUUCAUCCCGCCAGCUCGGGAAAAGUCUGCUGCUGUUUUCUGCUCAGCUCAGCCACUGCAGGACGGUGCUCAGGCUGUUCGAUGAUCUGUCCAUGCUGGCUUACUCACAAAGCUACGGGUUUGGAGCCGAGGAAGAGGACUCAGCCGUGCGCUGGAUAUCGGUGUUGACCAACGUGGCCGACCAGCUCUACUACCCCUGUGAACACAUUGCCUGGGCUGCUGAUGUCGAACUCAUCAAACUGAAGUCUGAUAAAUGGUGGCUGUUUAGCACGGUACUGUGGGGAACGUCGCUGCUGCUGGGAAUACUCAGGUCACUCCGAGUUCUGCUGUUACUGAAGAAGAAGCUGAAGAGAUGUGAGAGAGACGGAGCCGGCAGCAGUCGCUCUCGGCUCCGCAGGCAGAUGCAAGGAGAGCUGCUGUCUGUCCUCAGCAGCAUGGCUGACCUCAGUAAUGCUAUUCACUGGAUGCCGCCCGGCUUCUUGUGGGCAGGACGAUUCCCCAGCUGGCUGGUCGGACUGAUGGGCACCAUCUCGUCUCUGAUUGGUUUGAUCCAGAUGAGCGCUGGCGACAGUGAACAAUCUGAAAGUGCCUAGUCUUCACCAUGUUUUAUCAUCACUGCAGGAAAGACACGUAUCUGUGGAAAAAGCUGAGUGAAAGGAUGUAAAGCCGGUCUGUAAUAUGACCAGACUGUCUGGGGAGAUUCAUUGCAGUUUUCUAGCAAGUAAGAUCCAAAAAACAUAUUGAAUCAACAUCCUAUAGACUCAUAAUUAAAUUGUAAUAAGUGAAUAUCAUCAAAGAGAUUUCUUCAGUUGUGAAAAAGAAGCAAAACAUUUAAUUUCACUGGAUUUUUUACACAUAUUUGGAGAUUUUAGUCUGUCAUUAGACAGUGGAAAAUGUGAUUUGAUGAUGAGAUCAAUCAAUUAAAUUUUCAUUCAUUUAUCCCUCUUAUCUCUCAGCUACCUGUUGUAGCAACACAAUCAAACAAAUGUGAAAUGGAUUUAGAAUGUAUGUGUCGUUAUUUACAGAUAAAAGCAUUUAAACAGCUUAUUACUGCAGUGUAGACGUUGUCAGAAAGUAUUGGGCAGGUAAUACCUCCUACUUUUUGUUGUCUGAGACUGUUUCAGUGCAACCAAGUGUCCAAAUAUUUGCCUUGGACAACAGCUCCUUCCCCUGAGGGAUACGCAUCUCCUCAGUUGUUUUUCAACAUGCAAAGUCGUCCAAGACUCAGGUCCCAGGUUUAUUCUUGCAACAGCCAGUAUGUGUAUCAGUAGGUGCAAAGUGCAGAGAAGAGGCACAAUUGUCGCUACUUGUUCAGUCAAUCACCCUAGAAGGUCAGUGCACAAUUAGCUAAAAUAAUGAACAUAAUGAUUGUUUUUAGAAAAUAAAUAUGUGAGGUGAAUCCAAGAGGAUUAAAACGACAGUGUGGAUGCUUGCCUGAUAAUGUUGCCUUAGAAACGCACUACAUGCACCUGUUUUUUAAAAUCUCACAUUUAUUCAUAUACAAUGAAACCUGUGAAUUAAUUAUUAUAUCUCUGUGAUUUUUACGAGUUGGCUGCUGCAGCAAAUGAAAAAGAUAUUCUGUGACACUAUCUUAAAGUCCAAUUUUGUGUUUGUUUAAAGCAUGCAAUGUCCUCUAGUUACACUACAGCGACCAGUUUCUGAGGCUGAUGUGGUUGUGAUAACUUAGAAAUUAGCUGCAGAAUUAUGAUUUGCAUUAAAGAAUCAAUAGAAGAAAACUGUAGUGCAAAGUAAUUUGACAACAUCGGUGAGGUUUUGUAUGGAAACAGACUUUGUAAUUAGUCAAAUGACACAGCAGUUGCUUGAGUAAUAUUUGAUCAUGUAAAAUAAUGAACUUUUUAAAUAAAUUGUUUGUCUUUUCGUUCUCCUGA